GUACGAAGUGACUUGCACCUUGUUGUUUCAUUUUCAAUUCGCGCAUGCGUUUUGCCUGACAACAUGGAAGGGGACGUGAAAACACAACCGGCUAGUGUCCCUUGUGUGAAAGGAAAUGAUAUGAAGAAUGAUAAUAAACCACGCUAUGACUGGGCGGAUGUUACAGAGGAAUUCAUGACGUCUGCUUCAGAGCUCCAGAUGGGCGAACUCCUUCAUGACACAGGAUUCGGAUUGUUUGAAGCUAUGUCAGCCAUUGAGAUGAUGGAUCCCAAGAUGGAUGCAGGGAUGAUGUGUAACCAGAUACAGAGGAAGGUCCUUACCUUUGAUCUGGCCUUAGAGAGUGGGGCUUUUAAGAUAAAAGACCUGAGCAUUCCAGAACUGAUUGGCAUCAUGGACACAUCCCUAGCUUGCUUAGCCACUUGGUUGGAGGGUCACUCCUUGGCCCAGACGGUCUUUACCAAUCUGUACUUACACAAUCCGUAUGUGGUGGAGGACAGAUGUCUGAAGGCCUUUAGCAUCCUCAUGCUGAAGUUAGUGGACCACAUCAGAGAUAAAGUGAACAGGGCAGGGGUUUUUGAAGAGGAGGAUUUCCAGAGUAUGACAUAUGGCUUCAAGAUGGCUGCUGAUGUGACUGAUGUCAGGGCAACAGGGAUGAUGAAGGAAGUAGAAGAUGACCUUAACAGAAUUCUCAAGAUGACCAGAAGUAAAGUCGGAGAGGAGAGAGAUGAACAAACAGAACAAGAGCAUGAGAGAACCAAUGCUCUGUUUUCCCGAGUGAAGUUCAUUAGACUGUUUUUUACGACUCUUCUGUCAUUCAGUAAAGAAAAGUGUGAAGGAAUCCCUCAGGCCCAGAAGUUGAUUGGUCAGCUGUUAGAGCUCUUGCCAACAAUCAGAGACACCAUUUGUAUGGGCAUUCAGCCUGACAAUAAGCAGGUGGGCAAGAAUGAUUACCCAACCAUAAUGGGUUUUGAGCCACUUGUCAAUCAGAGGUUGUUACCACCCACUUUCCCCCGCUACACUGUGAUUCGUAGUCGUGACGAUGCCCUGAUUCACAUCGAGGGUCUGUUGUAUCGGCUCCAGAUUGUAACAACUGUUCCAGAGCUCACCACUUUCCACAUCAUUAUGGAGGCUUUUCAAGAAUUCAGUAAAUCAUCUCCCUGUGUUUUAUCCAGAUCCAUUUUGCAGUUAACACUGCUGCCAUUGAACAAGCGAGUCUUUGGUGUACACACCAUGGUGGAUUUUUUGAAAGACACAAUCAGGAACUUCAUCGCACCUCCAGUUCUGAGUCAGAAGUCAGCCCUGUACAAUAAUUCCCAGGCUAAGCAGUAUGUGGAUGCAUGGUUUGUACAAGUUGUUCGCCCAUUUACAUCCCUGGUCCAGAUAACGGGCCAUAACCGGGCAAGGCAGCGGGACAAAUGGGCACACAUAUUGGAGGAUCUUUCUGCUCUCCAAGAAGAGGCAGACAAGGUGGAUGCUUGCCUCCAUCAAAUCCUGACAAAGCUGGAACCAAAUCGCCAGCACAUUGCUUGUCUUGGCAACUGGGUUCUGUACCACACACUGCAGGCCAUGAUCAACUAUCUUCUGGCUGGGUUUGAACUGGAGUUGUAUGCAAACUAUGAAUACCAUUAUGUUUACUGGUAUUUGUAUGAAAUGUUGUACUCUUGGUUGAUCAACACACUGCACAGAGCUGACAACUUCUUGUUAGAGAAUGAAACCAUGGCAGACAGCCAGCAGAAGGGCAGGAGUAACAAGAAAAACAAGAAAAGAAAGAGAAUUAAAACCCUGAAUAAAGAGAUUACUUUGGCUCAGGCUGGGCAGCAGAUGUUUGGUGGCUACUAUAAGGCUGUAAUGGGAUUUCGCAUGGAUGGUAAAAUGCAUCAGCCUGAGUUUCAAUUUGACAAUGAGGAGGUGCGAUACUCACAUCGAUUUCAACCCUUCACCAGUGUGUCAACACCUCCCUAUAUACAUUACGCUCAGUACAAGGACAUGUCUGAUAUGAAGCGGUAUGAACCGGAUGCAACAGCCGUUAACCUGUAUGGAGCUUCCUGUAAAUGCUUCCACCAGGCAAAAGUUUUACUGGAAAGCUUCCAGAACCCCUCUGAUGAGGUACAAGCUAUGAUUAAGGUGGCCAAAGUCAAUUUUGUAGUGAUGAAGAUUCUGAUGGGAGGACACAAACAAGAUUCAACAGAUCCUCCAAUUUUUGAUUUCACAAUACACCCAGUAUAUCCAACCAUUAAGAUGGUGUAGGGGUCCAGACUUGGAAUCAAAUGUGAGGACUUCUCUAGUCAGGUGACAGGAAGUUCCACAUCUCUUAUUAACAGGAAGUGCUUCAUAAGGAAAUGUUCACUGUAGUAGGAAAUACCACCUACAAUGGCAGACACUUUUUGUGUGGUGAAUGUGUGUGAGUGAUAUGUGUGAGAUAAUUAAAAGUUUAUAACAAAUCUG